CUCUAGAACAUCGGGACGCGUGGAGGUUCACACCGUUCAGUUUUAGCAUCGUACAGCAAACUCUCAAAAUAUAAACUCUUAGUUCAUUAUUAUAACUCUGUUAGUAAAACAUUCAUUCAUUUAUAAUAACGUGUGGUAAGUCGAAGUGGACGAUGGCUUUUAUUUUGAUAGCUUGCUCAGUACAAUCGGAAUGAUGCUGCACUCGGAAUGAUGAUAUCAGCCUGUGAAACUGAAUAUCACUGUUACGCGAGUAAAUGGACGAAACAUGGCUUCAUUAGUAGUGUUUUUGUUUCGCGGGACCAAAAUAUCAGAUUCAAUGAGGCCAAAUACUUCUCUGUGGCGACAAUAUGAGCUUUAAACAAUCAUCCCUCGAGAACUCUGGACAAAGUAUUGGCUGUGAUCCAAAAUCUGCUAAACGUAACAGUGGUUUAUUUGCCUUCUUGAAAUGGUUCAAACCGUCGACAUCUCGAGAGUCCAUAACUGCGGAUCCACAAAUAUCUCAAUCGAGCAGCUGUGAUAGCUUGAAUUCCACUCAUAGUGUAGGAACAGUGGCCUCUUUUUCUUUUGUGUCUCCUGGUGACUACAAAAAAUGUGUUUCCGAAAAGUGCAUUGCCCUCGGCCCUGAAACGGAUACGUACAAAGCAAGACUAAAACAGAGAGACAAGAGGAAAGAAAAUGAUAAAAAUUUGACACUGAGGAAGAAGUAUAAUCUAUUUUUCAACAGAGACACCUUUCUGAAACCUAAAACAACAGAAAUCGACGAGGAAAACUCGAAAAGUUUGCCGCUGAUGACUCGGGGUGUGAUGGAAUCCGUUGAAGUUCAUCGAAGGACUAUUAGUGAAUCUUCAAACAUCAGAAGAAUUAGCUCCCACUCACAUGUGAAAGGAAAACGGAAAGCUCCUCAACCGCCUUCGUAUAAAGUGCCACAAGAAGGAAUGUCGACCGCCAGCCUUAGAAGAACCAAACGAUUAGCUCCAACACCUCCACCUGUAUCCGCUGGAAAAGUUAUUAAAUCAAUAAAACGGGUAGACAAAACAGAUUCAAUUGAUUACGAAGAUAUGGGUAUCAUUUGUAACGACUCUUUGAAACUCGAUAAUGGAAUUCUAAAGUCGGUGAAAGAUUUAUCGGCUGAAUCGAAAAGUAAUGAGCCUGAACCAAAUGAAAACUUAACAUCAACAUUCUUAACCCCAGUUACUGUUGAGACACCCGUUUCUCCGAGACCAUGGUAUAAAAGGAAUACAAGUCGUGAACACUUUACUAGAAAAGAAAAGAAUGAAAGUAAAUACGAACCAAUCGAACGCUUACCAGAAGUACCUUUUUCGAGGAAUUCGUCUUUAGACUUGACACAAGAAAUUGGAGAUGAAAGAAAGAAAGAUGAGAAGAGAAAAUCUGGAAUGUCGUUCUUAACUAACAUAAGUGAGUUGGACAGGGAAGCCUGUGAAAUAAUAAAAAGUAAAGAUCAGGUGAAAACAAGCAGCACACAGAUGGGAAAAAUUCCCGAGUUCAUGCGCCCUAGAGAAGUUAAAGUGAACACAGACAGUUGGGUUUCACCUAAAAGACGAUCAGCAAGGGAUUUGAUUGCUAAAUUCAAUGCAAUAACCAACGUGACGAAGGCUACGGUAUUCGGCGCCUCUCAAAGAGAUAAUCAACCCAUCGGAAAGCAGAGGAGUUUGGACGAAACAAAGAGAAGGCAAGAACAAGUCCUAGAAAGUCAUCAAAAGACAAUAGAAGAAAUCGAUAAGAAAAAGAUACCUCUCGCAAAAUCAGAAAGUACCAACUCUGUGGCACCAAAACAAGAAACAACCAAUCUAGAUAAGAAGAGCUGGGUUUGUCCUAAGUGUAAUAUAGGAAAUGAUUACUGGAGAAUAAUCUGCCAUGUUUGUUCCUCAAUCAAACCAUACUUUGACGAUUUAACAGUUUCGCCGCUGGACGAAAAUAAAGGUAGAAUUCAGACAAAGUGUGCAAGUCCUCUUAUAAUGAGAAAGGAUAAAUUUAUACCACAGAAGUUGGAAAUCGAAAGGUCGAAGACCCAAAUAGAUUUCUCUGCCUUGACAAAUUCUAAUGUCAAAGCCAAAAUGAAUCAGUCGCCAUUCAAAAACGAGAAAUCGCAAAAGGAAAUGGAGUACAAGAAGGAACAAAGAGAGAAAUUGAAGAAGAUGUUGAUAGACAUGAAAAACUCUUUGCCAAAACGUAAGACGCAUGCGUUUCAAAAACAGACCAAUCAAAAUCGUAUUUCAGAUAAUAGUGUGGAAUUGGCGGAAAAAGAAGUUGAAGAAGAGAGAGCUAAUGGGAAACCUGAUACUGAAGAAGACAUAGCAACGGUGUUUUCGAAAUCAGAUAAAACGCAAGAAGAGAAAAUCGCAGAGAUCCUAAUUGGCACUACCCAAACUAUAUAUGAGAAUAUUAAAGUGAAAAAAACAGAUAAUCCAAAACUCAUCAAAGUUUCCUCCUCGGCUCAAACUAGUGGAGUAGUCAAGCAACUGGUGCCAGCUCCAGCUAUUUCUAAUUUGAUCAAGAAUCAAGAUAAACAUAAUAACUACGAAUUGAUGCGACCUAAAGAUUUCGAAAAUAUUUACACGGAUUCAAACUCCAAAUCAGCUGCUACUGUUUAUGCGAAUCUGAGUAGGAACCAUGAGUUGUCCUUAUUUUUCAAUAUGCCGAAAAAUUUGAAAAAAGAGACCAGUAAUACUGACACCAUUCGGAUUAACGUUCUUCUGAAAAAGUUGGAGAAUUCAAUUUCGAAGGGUGAAUUGAAAGAUGCCGCUGUUUUCGCAGAGGAAUUAGCCCAGCUUCGAGUUAAUUGUUCAGUGAUAAGACAGAAACCAAAAGUGUUGCCAGAAGUCGAGAAAAAGAAAAUUCACGUGGAAAUGUACGUGGAAGACAAGGUUUCACAUCGGGGUCCAUUUCCCAUAGAAGUCAGUCCAGAUCAAUCAGUGGCACAGCUUAAAGUUCAGAUAGAAAAGGAGUUCGAAAUACCAGUAGCUUAUCAGAAAUGGAUACUAGGCAAGGAGCUGGUAGUCGACGAGAAAUCUACUCUGAAAGAUCACAAUAUCACUUCUGAAGGAUGCCCAGUGUUUCUAUAUCUCGUAGCACCAGAAAAUGAAUGUGAUAAAACCCAAAAGUAUGCUGUGAAUGAAGAACCAAAACAGUCCACUUCAGGAAAAAGUAACAAAUUAUUAGAAACAGAAAAUAAAGCAGGUAGCUCUCAAAUGAUGAAUGAAAUAGAUAUUGUGAAAAAUAAUGUGCAAGAUUUACAAAACAUUUUGAAAGAUAAUAAAAGCCGAAUGAAAAAUUCUGAUCCACCGCUUGUAGAUCAUGCCCCAAAAAUCGUCAACGUUAUUAGAAAAACAACGGAAAAUGCUUCAAAAGAUGAUGGUUUGGUAAUUCCAAUUGAGGUUGAAAUACCGGAGAGUAGAGAAAUAAAACAUUCAACUAAGACUGAGAAAAUAGUGACAACGACUGAAAUAAAAAUAAAAAUAGAACCGAGCCAACCAAAAUUGUCUGAAAAAACAAGCCUUGAAGUCAAACCAAGGAUCCAGUAUGUAUUUCCUACCAUACAAAAUUCCUACCAACCUAGUUUAACUGAAAACGAAUCGACUGCGUCUCCAAUAAUUAUACAAGAAAGUACACCAACAGCUGCAAGUUCAAAAACCUUGACGAAGGUAGUACAAACAACUUCAACAGCUGAAUGUUCGAAUUCCAAGAGUCCACCAAAAGCCGACGAAGACGACGACCAGGAGUACUAUGACACAAAAACUCUAAAGCCAUCCAAAGAAUGGGAAUGCCAUUUAUGCACUUUACUAAAUCCAGUCAACAGUAAUGUUUGUGCCGUGUGUGCAACAGUGAGGAUGAAAAAAUUGGAACCCCAAAGUGAAGUUAACGAAAAGGGUAAAAGAAAAGCUCCACAACCCAAACGCGGAACUAAAUCGUCUCCCAAACAAGACGAAACAUAUUUACAAUUAGUUAAUUUGGAUAACGCUGACUUGGUAGAGAAUAAUUUUCCUUUCGAGUGCAUGAUAUGCUUUCUCGAAAUUCCUCCGAGAGAAGGAGUUACACUUCGAGAAUGCCUACAUCAGUUUUGUAAAGCUUGUUUGGCGCAUACUAUCGAGUUUGCCGAUGAAGCGGAGGUAAAAUGUCCUUACAGGGAUGAUAAUUAUUCUUGUACCAUUGCCCUUCAAGAUAGAGAGAUCAAGGCUUUAGUAGUACCCAAUAUUUACGAACAGCACCUGGCCAAAUCUAUAGCUCAAGCAGAAAAUAAGAUCGAUAAAUCGUUUCAUUGCAAAACACCAGAUUGUAAAGGAUGGUGUAUAUUUGAAGAUAAUGUCAACGAAUUCAGGUGUCCGGUAUGUCAGAAACUCAAUUGUUUGACUUGUCAGGCUAUACAUGCUGGAUUGAACUGCAAGCAGUACCAAGAAAGGAUGGACGCAGCAUCUGAAAUCGACGACGACGCCAAAAGGACGAAGGAUAUGCUGGAAGAAAUGGUGAAUAAAGGAGAAGCUAUAGAAUGUCCGACCUGUAGAGUCAUUUUGAUGAAAAAGUGGGGUUGUGAUUGGUUGAGGUGUUCCAUGUGUAAAACUGAGAUUUGUUGGGUAACAAGAGGGCCUCGUUGGGGACCGGCAGGGAAGGGAGACACUUCUGGAGGAUGCCAGUGCGGCGUUAAUGGAGUUAAAUGCCAUCCGAAAUGCAAUUAUUGUCAUUAGAUUAGCUUUGGUUGUUUAUUUCUAGUUUAACCAAUACAAGUUGAUUUUUAUGUAUUGCAAAAUAACAUUUAUACCAAACUCUUUUGUAGUAAUGCACUUCUCACUGCCGGUUGAAAAACCAAGUCAUAAAGUACUUAUUUUUGAUUUAAUAAUAAUAUUUUUAUCUCAGAAAA